UCUAGAGCUGGAUGAUGAAGCUGAGAUGCUGAGUGUUCUCCAGGGUGCAUCAUAUUUAUAUAUUCCAUGCAAGAGUUACAUUGUAUCACAGUCAAAGGCAGGAUGGAUGGAUGGACCAACUAGCACCCAGACGGGACUCCACUGAGUGAGUUGUCCUGGCCAUCGUCUCUUGCUGUGGUGGCGGUUUCUUUCUCUGGUCUCAUCACGUUCAUAUUCCUCAUGCUGGCCUGUCUGUGCUGCAAGAAGGGGGACAUCGGCUUCAAGGAGCUUGACAAUGUGGAAGGAGAAGACUACACCACCGAAUUUUCUGUCCAGAGCUCUCCAGCCGCACAGAAUGGACCCGAAGUAUAUGUUCUUCCUCUUACAGAAGUUUCAGUCCCGAUGUCCAAACAACCAGGACGAUCAGUCCAGCUUCUCAAAUCCACAGACUUGGGCAGGCAGAGUCUGCUGUACCUGAAAGAAAUUGGGCACGGGUGGUUUGGCAAGGUGCUACUUGGUGAGGUUAAUUCCGGACUUAACAGCACCCAGGUAAUGGUGAAGGAGCUUAAGGUGAGCGCCAGCGUGCAGGAGCAGAUACUUUUCUUAGAAGAGACCCAUCCCUAUAGGGUCCUCCAGCAUGCCAACCUGUUACAGUGCCUGGCACAGUAUGCAGAGAUCACCCCGUACCUAUUGAUCAUGGAGUUUUGCCCACUGGGCGACCUGAAAGGCUACCUCCAGAGCUGCGCCUCCUCCGAGUCUACGGCCCCCGACCCGCUGACGCUGCAGAGGAUGGCUUGCGAGAUUUGCUGUGGGCUCCUGCACUUGCACAAGAAUAAUUACACUCAUAGUGACCUGGCUCUGAGGAACUGCCUGCUGACCGCUGACCUAACAGUAAAAAUCGGGGACUACGGUCUGGCGCAUUCUAAAUAUCGGGAUGAUUACCUUGUGACGUCGGACCAGCUGUGGGUGCCGCUGCGCUGGAUCGCACCGGAGCUCAUCGACGAAGUACAUGGGAACUUACUGGUGGUCGAUCAGACCAAGGCCAGCAACAUCUGGUCUCUCGGAGUUACGCUUUGGGAGCUCUUCGAGCUGGGAAAACAGCCGUACCCCGAAUACUCUGACCGCCAGGUUCUCUGUUAUGUCAUCAAGGAGCAACAGCUCAAACUGCCGAAACCUCAGCUCAAGCAGCUGCACUCGGACCGAUGGUUCGAGGUGAUGCAGUUCUGCUGGCUGCAGCCUGAGCAGAGACCCACAGCUGAAGAGGUGCAUCUUCUGCUUUCAUACCUCAGUGUGAAGGGAGCCAGCGAGCUGGAGGAAGAGUUCGAGAAGCGCUGGAACUCCAUGAAGCCCAAUGGUGGAGCCGGCGGAGGUGGACACCAUGAGGCUGAACUGUCGUCCUACCCGCUGCUGGAGCACUUCUCUUCAGAUGGGUUCCACUCAGAAGGCGACGAUGUGCUGACAGUGACCCAAACUAGCCAAGGGCUUAACUUUGAGUACAAAUGGGAAAGAGGCCGUCACGAUCAGUACCCCUUGAGUCCUGGCGGUCCAUCAUACCAAGAAAUGUACUACACACCAAGCACUGGGGACAAGUUGAGUCUGGGAGUCUCCCCUUCUUGCUAUGAAAACAAAGAGUCAAUAACUAGCUCUCGUUCACUUGAAGUGGUACCCGUUCUAAGUGCGCAGAGUCCAUCGGUUGCAGGAGACUACUACAUCCGCAUAGAAGAGCCUCUGCGACAAGAAGACAGUCCGACUAAUGUGGAGCGUAGUAUAAAAGACAAGGGCGAUUUUGAAAGAGACGAUUCUCGCGAAAAUAGCCCUUCUGUUUCCUUGUCCAUGGAGCCAUUGAUUGGGCAGGCGGUGUACUCUGUUGAAGGCGGUCACUUGCUGCCCAGUCAAGACCAAUUCUAUCAACCUUUGCAAGAGGAUAAGGAAGAAGAGAAGCUGGUUGACAACUUUUUGAGGGAAGAUGCUUGCUCAGCAGCUGAUUUCAUCGACCCUCUUGGUGCUUCCCCAUCUCUGAAGCAGCUGUGCCAGGCCCAUUUGGGCACCGCUAAGGUAGAACUGUUAGAGGGAUUGGCGAGUGAGGAGAGAGAGGAGACAGCCUGUAGAAAUAAUUCGGAUUGUGUCAUUCUAAAAUGUGAAAAUGAAGAAGAAAGUCUGCAAUAUGGUGACUUUCAAGGGGUAGAGGUGCCUGAGGCAAUAUCUCGGCCAGCUUACUUUUCUCCGCAUUGGGCUUCAAAUGUCUCCUCCAACAAUAACAUCUCCAGCUCCCCUCAAUUCUCUGACUCUCACAUGUGGUUUGACCACCGCACUGAGGAGUCCCAAAUGGUGGAAACAGAGACACACGGUUGUGAAUCCUGGCAUAUCAGAGAGUCUGGAGAUGGGGAGAACACCAGACCGGUGGUGGAAGGAAUAGAUGACCAGUUAUCAACUGAUGAAUUGCUUAAGGAACGUUUGCAGAAUGACAGCUUGUCUAUCAGAACGUCUCCAUCUUCAGCUGAAGCAACACAUAGCGAAAUUAGUUCAUCCCAGUUUGACCAUGCAGAUCCUCCCACAGACAACUCACCUUCACUGAGAAAUGAAGUCAAAGACCUGAGUGAGGAAAUGGAUCCACUUGGUGCUACUUUAAUAAGGCUCUGUGAGCCUCCCGUGGAGUCAGAGCCCUUGGACACUCUUGAUAUCUCAGAGGAGGGAGACUCUGUUUCCCUUCAUCAAGGAUUUUGCAAAGAGAAUAAUAUAACAGAUGAACUUAGUGAUUUGUGUCUGUCACCUAGCAAAGAAGAUGACAAAGCAGAGAAGUCGUCUCUAACAGAUUUAUACCAGAUACAGAGUGACACCGAUGACGAGGACGCCAUGGAAGCGACCUCUGGAGUAUUUACCGAUCUCUCCAGUGAGAGGGGCGACAUUGUCCAGUCCAUAAGGUCUUUACAGAAACAGGUAGGGACCCCAGAUUCUUUGGAUUCACUGGAUAUGCCUUCAACUGCCAGCUCCUGUGAAGCUUUCAGUCUCGGAUCCUAUACUUCCUGUGGCCAACACAAAGCUUUGGACAGUGGGUAUGAUACAGAGAACUAUGAGUCCCCUGAAUUUGUACUGAAGGAGCCACAGGAGAGCAGAGAGACUGAGUCUUAUUAUCAGUUGGGUCAGUCCCAGGAACAUGGCUUGGAGGCUGGGGAAUUGCCGAUGUCCCGGUCAGUAAGCAGCGACUUGCAAGGUCUGGAUGCCAAAAACCCUUACAGGGACUCUGCCUACUUCUCGGACUAUGAAUCUUUUAAUAAGGAAGAAGAAGAGGAGGAGGGAAAAGAUCAGGAAGUGAAAGGAGUUCAAGAGGAAUGUCCUAGAGACAAGGAACCCACAAAGCUGGAGAUGGAACUACUAGACUCUGGUUUAGCAGAGAGUUUUGAUGACUGCAAAAACGAACAAGAGAUUGGAGUAACAGUCACCGAGAGCCAUAGCCCAGAAGAUUCAUCAUCUCUUCUACCUUCCACUCCUGUGCCAAAAGAUCAAUCUUUUUUGCAGCCACCCUCUAUAAUACGAGAGGACUCGGUAGAUGAAGGAUUGGGCCUGGAAUCCUUGAAAGAAUCCUCACUCGAUAAACGAUCGCAUGUGCAGCUAACAGCAGAGCCGGUUUCACGCCGCACCUUCACACUGUCCCCUGUUCAGAUGCCCCUGACCAAAGCGUGCGCUGUUAAGCAAGGGGCACCGGGCAUUAUAACUAUCACUACUGGUCUUCAGGCAGAGGAAAAGUUGAUUUCCUCCCACAGGGAGGCACACGGACCUCCUCACCUCUCAAAAUGCCUCUCCCCUCCACUUCUACGGAAGGAAGGAAGGGUUGGGGAGUCCCUGGACGAAGAAGACGAAGAUGAAGAAAGCGAAGACAGCGACGAAUCUGAUGAGGAGCUUCGAUGCUAUAAUAUCCAGGAGCACAGUGAAGAAAGCGAGGAGGAACACAAUGCUAUACCGGUUAUCAUUACAGAAAACGGUAGCUCUGGUCACCUUCGCAGCCUUCUCAAAAUGCCCAGCUUCGUGGCCGAGCCUUUGGCCACCGAACUAGAUCGGAAGAAGAAAGCAGUCUCAUUCUAUGACGACGUCACAGUCUACCUGUUUGAUCAGGAGAGCCCAACAAGGGAGCUGGCAGAACCGGAAUUCCCAGAAGUUCCCACUAACAACGGGCCCAGUGCUUUGCAUCAGGUGGAAGAGCAGAGCCCCAGUAAGAAGCCGACGGACGGACAUGUUUCAGAAGAGAGUGGUGCAUUUGAAUGGGAUGAUGAUGUAGCCAUUAAGCCUGUGAAAUCUUUUGUAACCUCCUUGUCUCCGGCCAUGCUCAGUCCAGAGAUGCCCAGCCUCCCAGUCCCCGUGCCCCUCCAGAAGCCAGCAGUACCGGUCCAGUUCUCCAGAUUUAGCGUGUCUCCCACGUCCUUGUCCCGCUUCUCUAUUACACACGUGGCUGACUCAGACAUGGGAUCUGUGCAAGGAAGCGUGGAAGGAGGGGAACGCGUGUGAAUUAGCGGGAAUAGACUUUGAUCCAGGGCUCAAAUAUGAGUGCCGGAAUGCUCAGGAUUGGACAACAUGCACUGAGAAGUUGGAUGGGUACAUAGGAAAUGGUUUUAUUGAUGUUCUUUGCUGCUGUCCACAAAACCUUUCCGUGACCCUAACCCAGACACGGUCAGUUGUGUGUAUGCGCUGUGUGUGGCUGCAGGUUUGUAUGCUCGUAUUCUUACAUUUUAUCAUGUUAUGGAAUGGUUGCUCGGGGGCCCGGGCUUUGGAUUAUACACUCACAACAAAACCUGUGCUGAUGUAAAAAAAAAAAAAAGUGUGUGUGUGUCUAAUACUGUGCGAUCAAAUGCAAGAUGUAGUACUGUAUGUGUGUAUGUAUCUAUGUGUCAACACAAUGCUGUAUGGUGUGGGUGUGUGUGAUUUAAUGUGUACACAUACAAUGAUCUAUGUAUAUGUAUGUAUCUCGCAUAUCUCCUUUCGGAAGGGUGUCCUUAUCAAGGAAAAAUUAAAAUACAUUUUUUAUGGGUUCUUGUGGCUCCCCAAGGCGCUAGUUUUAUGUUCUCCAGAGGUUUGGUUCACCUCCGGCUUGUGGUUGGACUGGAUCACUGGCCAUUCUCUCGGAAUUGCCAAUAAGUGGAGGAAGCACCUACGUUGUUGCCGUGACACUGUAUCUACGUGUCCUUAACCUCCAGCUUGGAA